GUGCCCUCGAUGGUUUGACAGUGGAUUUUUCAGUGGAUUAGAAUUUAUUGAAUUAGUGGCAAUUGCAGCUAAUAUGCCCCUUCGAGUGAGCUAAACGGCAAAAAAGUGAAUUAGAGUCUUGGCCUGUGCUUGCAGUGCAAUUGGUAUUUGGCAGGCCGCCCCAAAACGAACUGCGUCUCAAGCAAAAGUCUCGCUAGCAAUUUUAUGCUGUAAAGAAAGUGGGGGGGAAAAUGGAGCAAAACUCCAACAGCAUCAGCUCGGAGACAUUCGUGGAGGAGAGCAGUGGGGGCACAGCCCGAUUUUUGGGCAAUGCAAAGGCCGACGCAGAUGCCGUCUCGGACUCCAACUUCGGGAUGGACAACUGUUCCGUGUCCGCCUCUGGCAGCGACACAGUGUGCGCCACACACGAAUUUCAGACCAUGAAACCGGGCCCGGGAGGAGUGCAGAAGCAGCCGCCGAGCUCCAGCAGCAAUGGGCGCACACGCACCGAGCUGCCGCACAGCGAGCUGGUGAAGAUGCUCUACUAUCUGGAAGGAGAGCUGCAGGCUCGAGAUGUCUGCAUUGCCGCCUUGCGCAACGAGCGCGUGAAGCAACUAAUCACACAGUUGCGCACGAAGCGGGUGCAGCCCAAUGAUCCAUAUGCGGCUAUAUUCCGCGAUAAGAUCGCCAUGAAUGGGAAUCUCAUUUCGCGGGAAUCCUCCACGCAGGCGGCGCAGGCAGAGAUGGAGGUGCGGCAGAUAAUCGAACAGCAAAUGGAGCAGCAGUACCAAAUGGUCAGUAAGCAGAGGGCCACGCAUGUUCGCAUGGUCAACAUACUCACCGAAUCCCUGGAGAACAAUCAGCGCAUGCUGCAGGAGCUGGAAGAGGAGAAGCGCAAGCACGAGCAUGACACGGCCCAGGGUGAUGAUAUCACCUAUGGCCUGGAGGUGGAGCGCUCCAAGCUAAAGCAGGAUCUCGAAACCGAGCGGGCCCAGGUGGCCAGAAUGGAGAAGGAACUGCAGAGGCUUCAAGAGACCCUCGAGUACGAGCGCAAUCGACAGAAGCAGAUUGUCCUCCUUCUGAUAGCCGAGCGAAAGAAGAUUUUGAUGAAGUACAUUGAGGAGGGCAAGCGUUCUGAGGAUUUGGCACAAAUCUUGGCCGAGGAGAAGCAGCGUUCGGAUACCAUCGCUGAGGGGCUCGAGGAGGAAAGCAAAAAGUCGCUUCGCAUGGAAGAGGAGAUGGAAAAGCAAGCGCAGUCAAUGGAGAUCGAACGCAAAGCGAUAAUGGCCAAGCUGGCCAAAGAGGAGCUUCGAGUCAAAGAGCUGGAACAGGAGCUCACCACGCUGCGCGCCGAGCACGAGGCGUUGAAGAAGCAGCAGCAGCAGCAAUUGGCAGGCAGCAGCUCAACGGUGGCUGCCACCAAGGCGCGUCAGUUCAGCGACGACGCUUGUGCCACACCACCAAUGGCAAACAUCGCCAAAAUUGUGCAGCCAACCGCCACAGUAAGCAGCAUGCCGGUGUCGGGCCCCCAAACCGGAAUAGCCCGAUCCAUAGCGCCAGGACAGAACAUACGUAGCGCUGGGAUAGCCACGGCUCCCACGGGAACGGCCACAGCACCAACAGUCAUCAACCACACGACAACCACCAGUAGCAGCAGUGGAGCGCCUAGCACUGCAGCUGGAGUCACAUCAUCGGUGGAUGCAGGAGCGAGUGUUGCUGGUGUGAGCGCUCCUGCGGCGGCGCCACCAUCACCCUCGCCGGCGAAAAUGCAGCCUACGGCCACCAUUCAACGGGCCCCGGGUGGCAAGUAUGCUGCACUGGCUGCAGCGGCUGCUCUUGACCAGACGGCCACACCACCGCAUCCACAUCCUGUUCCCAUUGCCGUGCCCCCAGUGACGGUGCCACCAGCGGGCGCUCGCGGUGCACCGCCACCCAUACCGACCAAGCCAAUUGUACCGCCCAAGCGGGAACCCUCUCUCUCCCGUCUGGGCUCGAUAACAAGCGGCAGUGCCAUAGCAUCGGUCACGGCUGCGGUGCCAGCAACUGCAGCCCCGCCCGUUCCAUCUUCGACGAGUGUGGCAGCAGCAACAGCAGCGGCAGUUGGAGCUGGCACUGCAAAACAUAAUUAAUUAGACUCCUACACCCUCUCCAAUCGCGUCAUAUGUAUGCGCAUUAUAAACAGAUAUGUAUUGGCGUAGCGUAAGCGAAAAUACUCAAGCAGCGUAGUCGCUCAAUGACACCGCACUAGGCAACAGGAUGUAUCUCCAACUGCUGUCUCUUGUGGGGAUAUUUACUCGAUCGAUAACUACCGACUUGAAAGCCAUUUAAUAGCCAAAUGUUUCGAGGCCUAUUAAUGUUAGUUCCUUUCACUAUCUCCAACUAUUUCCGAACUGUGUAAAAAGUAUUUUAUCAUUUGUUUACGGUGUUCUUUCUGUUCAGUUUGAACUCUAUUUAAAGAGCAUUCGAUUGAAAUUGAUAUACGAAGAAGACAUUCUACCUUUGGUUUUCUGUCAUUUCUGUUGCCUGGUGUGAUUGGCCCUAAUCCUAAUCCUAAACCUAGAGUUGAUAUUUUGGCAAGCGUUUCGAGAGCACCCCAGCGGCUCCUCAUCUAAGUCUAGUUUAGUUUUUAUUAUUUUUUUAUAAGGAAAAUUUUUAUAAUGAAAAGCGCUGGCUGGCCAAGUCGGGCCAAGCCACACUUAAUUUUAAUUUCAAACAUUUUGUACAAGGCCGUGCGAUUCUCAUAACGAUAAAAACCCCCCCAACAUACACAUACAUACAUAUAUAGUUAUUAUAAACAUAUAACCACAGACUCUAUAUAUCCCUAUAUACGUAUACAUAGUAUAUAUAUAUGUGUGUAGUAGUCCAUUGUGCUCUGUGCGUUGUUUAAUAGUUCUUAGGUACGCGUGUAAACUUCUUUAUCCUCAGUGCAGCUAAAGUCCCUUAGAAUUGUUUUCCUAGGCUUUUAAUCUUGUUUUAAACUUGGGCUUGGGCAUUGUUUGGAUUUGCCGCACAUCAGAUUCCAGAGAACGGCUAUUCCCCCCUCUAUACCAUACCAUUGCCACCCCAUCCACUGUUUACACUAGUUUAGAAUUCUGGAAUGCGGACAGAUUUUUGGUUGGUAGAGAUUUGCUCAACAGAGUCGUCAGUAUUGCUGAUGGUUUUCGGAGCGGAGCCUAAUUUCUUAUAGUUGUGUACUGUGAAGAUCCCUCCAGCCCAGCCCCUCAAGCAGCUUGGAUUUCUGUUUAGUCAAUGGGCAGCCGUAGCCGUAGCCGCAGCCGGCAGUCAAAGUAGCAUUGUUGGUACAAUAAAUAGCAGACAAAGAGGCACAAGAAACAAAAAAGCGUAUGAAUAAUGGAUUAGUAAUGCAAACAAAAAGGUAUAUAACAAAUUACGAUGUAUUGGAAAAAGAAAAUACAAAAAUAAAUUAUA